CUGCCUCUCGGUCCUCACACGGCGGCGGCUGCCCCUGUGGAAACGGCGACUAUAAUACGGCGCUGUAAUAAAAAUUAAAUAUUAAAAAGGAGAAAAUGAAGCGAUAAAAUGGUCGCCACGGUGCUUCUGGAGGACGGACCUAAUUCCACAGAGCUCUAAAAUGACACAGGCUGGAGAGAGUCCCACACCGCCGGAGCUCCAGCACCUCACCCGGCGGAGCGCAUCGGAAUGAAGCCGGCUACCGCAGUCAGUUCCUAGUCUUUCUAUCUGGAACGUUUUGGCACCAUGUUCUACGGCUCCUCUUCAGCCAGCAUGUCACUGCCCUCAAAGAGUCGCCUGAAGCGCCAGAGCCGCACCAUCACACAGGUCCUGUACCGAACUCUGAGCUAUCGGGACCGUCGCUCAGUCACCGACCUGCCCGAGCAAGUGCGGGAUGAUCCGGCAGAGCUAUCCACACAGACCUCAGCUCCAGGUGUGCUCAAGAUCUUCGGGGACGAAAUCAGCGCUGGGGCUAACUACAAGAGUGUUUUGGCCACUCCGCGUUCCAGUGCGCAAGAACUUAUUAAGGAGGCACUGGAGCGCUACUCUCUAAACAAAGGUUCAGCCAGCAGCUUUGUGCUCUGCGAUGUGAUCGGGAGGUUCGAGGGUGCCGAGCGGCACUGGAGGACAGAGUGCUUGCGGGCUCUGGGCAGCAACGAGAAGCCUCUCCUCCUGCAGGAGCUGUGGAAGCCAAGGGAAGGAUUCGCGAGGCGCUUUGAGCUCAGGCGCAGGGCCGAAGUGGAGGAGCUGGCAGCUAAAGAGAAAGACACGGUAACUGCAGGAGCUCACACACACUCCCCUGUCUUAACAUCUACCCUGACUAGGGGUGCACAUGCUAAAUGUCAACGGAGUUCCCCCCGGGGCUGGCGUGUGGUUCUGCCCAGCACUGCAAAUCUUAAAGAUAUAAACGCACAGGCGCGGAAACUACAGCGGAACCGCGCUAAAGGAACCAUGACCCUGCAGCAUGGCUCCGCGUUCUGCCGCAGCCUCAGCGAAACCAGUCUGAACCUGGUGGGCGUGACUGGGGAGGAACCGAAGCGCUACUCUACACUGCCCGGGUCAGGCCGAGCACACUCGGAUGGACGCAGAGAGGGGGGCGGAGUCAAGCAUUCCCUCUACCAAUCACCACAUUUGCUGCUCCUACAAGGUUUUAACCAACAAGACUGCCUGGUUUACCUGCUGAACAAAGAACAGCACACGGUGGGUCAGGAGACAGCAAGCACACGUCCAAACAUCUGUCUGUCAUCUCCGGACAUUCUUCCACUCCACUGCCGCAUACGCCGCCGCCGCUCUUCGUCCUCAUCCUCCUCGUCCUCUUCCUCCUCCUCCUCUACUUCUGAUCAUCGGCUCUUACUGGAACCGGUCAGCCACGGCACCGUGCUGAUCAACUUCACCCGUAUCGAGCGCCCCACUUCGCUCCGUCAUGGUGACCUGCUGUCAUUUGGCUCCCAUUACAUCUUUCUAUACAGAGACCCCCUGAGCGCCAAGCCACUACCAGGCCACACCCUGGCCCGCCUCCGUGCCCUCGGCGCUUUGAACGCAGAGGCGUGUCCGACGUGCGGCGCUGCCCCACGGGAGCAGGCAGGAUUUCGACAAAGCUCAAAAAACGCAAAGGGCUCAAAGAAGAGGAAGUUGGCGCUGGAGUUCGAAAGAGCCCAAGAGGACGCCUUGGUGAACCGGGUUCUCACACUGAUUGAGCCGAGCGGCGAUGAUCACAAGCUCACCCCGGCGUACCUGCUCUGCCUGUGCAUCCAACACUCAGCGAUUUCAUUCCCGCCCGGAAGCUUUGGCAAACUGCUCCUCAAAAUUUCCAAGAAGAUCCAGAGCAUCGCAUGGGAGAAGACAAAGGAAUUGGCACAGAAGCAAGCUCAGCAUCAGGAUCCAGCCUCCCUCUCACUUCUUAGCAUCUCAGACUUCGUGCCAGACCUUCAGGUCAUUUUCUUUUGGAUGGCGAACGCUAUCGAGAUCCUCUACUUCAUCCAGCAGAAAUCGCCUACGUACAUGCAGAAUAUUGAAAUGAUGGACAGCAAAGCUGGAUCGAAGGAGUCGCUCCUGUCAGCGACGAUAUCAGCCAGCGAAGAGGUGAUGAGCAUUCUGGAGGAAGUGAUCAUGUACACGUUUCAGCAGUGCGUCUACUACAUCACGAAGUCCUUGUACGUGGUGUUCCCAGCCUUGUUGGACUGCAGCCCGUUUAGAGGCGAGACGUCAUCGGAGGCAUGUCGGCGGGUUACGGGUGCACGGGCGUGUGCCUGCAGCUUGUGUGUCAUGCCCGAGGCAGUACGUCGGGCUCUGUGUGUGUUUCAGACCACAGCUGAACUCAUGCAGCAGUAUCAAGUUCAUGCCGAGAUCCAGAGCCAAAUGUUUGCCUACCUCUUCUUCUUCACCAAUGCCUCGCUCUUCAAUCUACUCAUUGAUAAAGGUCCAGUGAGGGGCUGGUUUCACCGCUCCCAAGCGUUGCAGAUACAAGCAUGUUUGCGUAUGCUCCUCGACUGGGCCAAAGGAGCAGGACGGGCCCAGAUUGCUCAGAGGUUUUUCGCCAGACUGUGCAGCAUGGUCACCAUCCUCAUCACUCCCGCCUCGCAGCUCUCACAGAUGAGUUGGAAAGUUUUGCGGGCCGAACAUCCGUGUCUGAAACCUGUCCAGCUUCACCGAAUCCUUACACAAUACCAACUGACCAGCGAAGUGGGUUCCGUUUCAAUCUGGCAACCAAGCAGUGAAGACGAAGCCUACGUUUACAGAACUGUUGAUCUGUUGGAGAGCUUUGAUAACCACCCUCCCAUCGUGCUACCCAGCGCUGGGUUUAAGGUGGACCUGGAGAGUGAGUGUGUCGACGACAGCAUCUACAGACAGCUGCUUUACAUCCGCCAUUUUCUGUGGGGUCUCCGCACCAAGACCCAUAGCAGCGCAGACAGACAGGACAUUCAGCGUGGAGAGGGAGAAGGAGAAGUCCACGUUCCUUCCGUUGGAGGACGAGGAGAGGGCUCGGGAGCCGAGGAACGGCCUAGAGAACGAGCACGCGCAUCUCAUCACAAAAAUGGAACAGGCUCACGGCACGCCCCGGAUUUGUCCUGCCUGCUCACGCCACCUAACACACCUCUGUUCCCGGAAUUCACACACAAUCCAUACGCCAAACACUCGCAGAAGGAACAUAUUCUGGCCAAUGGGUGUACACGCUCCACUCCUGAGCACAAGAUCAUCAAUGGAUACAUCAGUAACGGUACUGAAGGCCCUCCUAAUGGGUGUGGCUUUCCUUUCCCCAUCCCUCUGGCCCAGUCGCUUGGCAAUAACUCUGAUCCUGUGUGUUCCGUCUUUGUAGUGGACUUGGACAAAGGACCCUAUGGCCUGGGAAUGGGACUCAUCGAUGGACUUCACACUCCGCUGAAUACCCCGGGAAUCUACAUCCGCACACUGAUCCCUGACGGACCGGCCGCUUCAGACGGACGUCUGCACAUCGGAGACCGGAUCCUGGCUGUAAACGGGAAAAGCCUCAUCGGAGCCGAUUACCAGAGCGCCGUGGAUCUGAUCCGUCUAGGCGGAAGACGGCUUCGCUUUCUCGUGGCGAAAUCAGAUCCUGAAGUGUCUGAGAAGAUCAGUGCUUCUUCCUGCUGAGAGAGAGAACGAGGGUCCAGAUUGGAGCGCACUCUUCUGGAAACAAAUGGAGUCGAAUGCUAAGCGUCCUCUCCAUGGUGAGGAUAAAGAGAAUAAGCACAUGGAUAAGAUCUCUCAGAGACUUCUCUCCUUCACCUCACACCACACUCAGGAGAGAGACUUAGCACAGACCACAACAGCGUCAUCUUCUCUUCUUUUUCUCUUCUGCUCUUUGCCCUGGAGUCUUACGCAAUUCCUUCAGAAAACGUUAACACAAAUGUAUCGAAAUUCAACUCAAGACACAAUAUAUCCUGUUUACAAACAUUUCCAUGAUAUCAAUUUAGACAGUAAACAAAUCAUCUGAUCUUCUAAAUGUACAGGAGCGUAAGAAUAAUGGAACAGUAAACUGAUAAACGAGUGGAGGAAUUAAGAAACAGCUUCAUUCAGCUUGUGUAUGUAUUGUCAAAUAUUGCACUGGAUGAACAUUCUUCUUCUUCACUCCUCUUCUUCACUCCUCUCUUCUUCAUUACUUUCUUCUUCACUCCUCUCUUCUUCACGCCUCUCUUCUUCACUCCUCUUCUUCACUCCUCUCUUCUUCACUCCUUUUC